GAGGCCGCCCUAGGUCCGGUCCCUCCCCCGGCGGCCUGGCGCCUCCCUCGCUCCCUCCCCGCCGCGGUGACUCACGGAGCGGGAGGCGGAGGCUGCGCUGAGGCGGAGGCGGCCCGGCUGCUGUUGCUCCUGCUGCUCCUGCUGCCGACGCCGAGCGAAGCCGACCCGCGAGCGCGCCCCGGAGCAGGCUGGGCCCGCAGCCCCGCGCUCCGGCUCCCGGGGCUGGCCCAGGGCAGCACUUCCACAGCUCCUAGCCUGUGAUUCUUCUGAUCACGACUCAGCAUCCAUUUGGCCGAAGCUGAUUUCCAAAAGCAGGAAUCUGUGGAGUUGGACUGAGGGGAAUGAACCGUGAGGGAGCUCCCGGGAAGAGUCCGGAGGAGAUGUACAUUCAGCAGAAAGUUCGGGUCUUGCUCAUGCUGAGGAAGAUGGGAUCAAAUCUGACAGCCAGUGAGGAAGAAUUCCUGCGGACGUAUGCAGGGGUAGUAAGCAGCCAGCUGAGCCAGCUCCCAUCACACUCCAUCGACCAGGGUGCAGAGGACGUGGUCAUGGCGUUUUCCAGGUCGGAGACAGAAGACAGGCGGCAAUAGCUACAACGCAACCUGGAACCCACUGGAAGCCAACGAGGGCCAUGCAAGCUCUGAGAAGCUGGCUGCCUGCAUCGGUCCCCUGCCCUUCUCUCCUCCCCACUCUUCAGGCCCCUAACUCCCUCUCCCCUGCCCUGGGAAGCACCUCCCAGCCCACUACCCAGCUGGCUGUGUUAGCGAGGGGGAGACCAGUGGUGCACAUGGGAUUGGUUCAAAGGGAUGGACUCUGUAAUUGGCUACAGGGAGAAAUCUUUUUAUUUUUUAAAACCUGACCAAUGGAAACCUUUUCUUUUUAUUUCUGCCUCUUUCACCACCUCAUCCCUUUUCUUGCUGUCUGGGCAUAGAACUUCCCAGGAAGCUCUCUAUGCCUUGGUGCUUUAUUUAGGUCAUUUUUAGCAAUGUGAAAAGGUUCUGAUUGGCUGCCUAAAACUGGAAACAACUCUUGAUUGGCUGGUGAAAGGAAAACGCUUCUCUCUUUGAUUGGUUUCAGGUAUUCUGCUGAUCUCAACAGCUUGAUUCUAAGUAAAGAGAAUAGGGGUUGGGGCAUUGGCUGUUACAUUUGACUUGAAAAAAAAAAAUACAAAACCAAGUGUGCUUUGCGAUAUUUAUUACACAAAGAGCUGCUGCUGCUUUUAAAUUUUAUUUUUGAAUUCGAUUGGCUUAUAGUCGAUAUGUUUGUUUUCCUGCUGGCUCCUCAAUGACUCUAGUGGCCAUAGAUUUUCCCCCCAAAAAAACUACACCCACAAAACCCUACCACCUUUGCUGCUUGAAAUCUCUGGUCCCAGGGGGAGCCAACUUAAGAAUCUAUUUACAUUAAUAAUUACACCUACCCUUCCUGGAGCUGGAAAUAUAAAAGGCCCCCAGGCGGGGCCACAGCUACAAACCAGGACCCAGAACAGACUGGAUUUGAGCUCUGUAAGAGUCAGAGUUAAGCGGUCACCAAGAGCUGAGGGGGUGAGUGUGUGUGAGUGUGUGCCCAUGCCAUGUACAUGCACACACUCACAUGCCACCCGCCACUCUUUGUAAGGUGAGGAUGUUGCUGGAAAAAUACAGGUCCCCCUGCCCCUAAAACCUUGUUUGUUCUGCAGCCUGAAAGCUUCUGGUUUGGAGGGAGCUACUCCAUCCUUGUUUAGAGACUGCUGCUGCUUCCAAGUAGGGAGAAAGAGGCCCUGGGCCUCUAGGCCCUUCCCAGAGGCACUCGCAAGGAGAUGGGGCUCACCUCACAGGUCCUGAGGAUGCCUCUGUGCACCUCCUUUUCCCUCCCCUCCCAUGGGUUUCCGCUGCCCCACCCUACACUGACCAUCUUGCAAUCUGGAGUGUCCUCUUCCCACCCACCCUGGCAGUUCUCCCAGCCCCUUUUAAAAGCCUACAUGUUGAAAAGAAAGUCAUCAACUAUAAUUGCCAAGGGUUCUGCCAGCUGGGGAGGGCCAGUCUGGCAGGCCCCUACCAAGGCCUUCUCCUAGCUUGGCAGGUAGGGCUGGCCUCAGCUCCCAUUUAUUAAUUCUCUACCUGGGCCCCUGAGCCAGGGGCUGGGGCGGAGGAAGCAGGGAACCCUUAGCGCCAAAUCCCUGCAGGCAGUGUCAGAGCAGAAGCUUCCAUCCAUCCUUCCCUCCCUUGAGGGGCCCCUGCACCCCCAUCUCUCCUGCCUGCCUUCCCAUGGCAUGCACAGGGCUUAACUUUGAAGCAGGUAAACAGGAAAUGUUGCCACGUUCAUAUGAAGCUUUUCUUGGUAAAGAGGAAAUCUCAUCUCCGUUCCUGAGCAAACCCCAAGUUUUUAAUAAGGGGUCUAGCUCUAACCCUUUGCCCAGGGAGUGGAUGAGACUUUCUGAGCCAAACAGGACUUACUGCCCAAGGGCUUGGGGCCAACCGACAGUCACCAAGGCAUGAGGGGGCAGUUGCAGAGUGCCAACGGUUUAAUGACCUCCAACAUGUACAGAGAGGGCCCUCGAAGCAUUCUGCUGCCUGUGACCAAUUAGGAGUGCUAAUGAGGCCACCCGAUCUGCCGUCCCAAUUCCUUUAAGGUCAGUUAGUCUGGUACAAUAUAAACCUUCACAGCCACACCAAACAGCCCCCAGGCCCAGCCAGGCUGCCUGGCCAUGUUGCCAAUGACUGAUGGACAAAGGGCCCAGCAGGGAAGAGAUGGGAGCGUCCCAUAAGGCUGGGCACCCCUCCUCUCAAUGGACACCUUGGUAGUGGGUCUAUAGCAAUGUCUUCCCUACAAAGGACCAGUCCCCAACUCCCAGUGUCAUCAGCCGGAGUCCCAGUCGUUGGGCAAAAGGUGAACAGCCCCUGCCACCCCGGGGUCCCCGUCCUGGGGCGGGCUUCUGUCACAGCGUUGCCCGCUGUGCUCCUGAGCCAUCGAGGGUCUGAGCUCAGGUGAAGUGGUCAUGUGUUUGUCUGUGGCCCCAGGCCUGUCAAGCUAACAUGCAUCUCUCUCGUGUCCCCGAUGAUAACUCUGACCUGUCUAUCUUCUGAAGAAGAAAAGUGAAAGUGUUUCUGUGGUUUAAUCUUUUAACUAAAAAUGUAACUCUUGGGGAAAAAAUAACAAUAAAGGUUUUUAAUAGCUUGUCA